UCCUCGUUGCUCAAAUCAUCUUCCUCGAUGCACUUAUCGUCUUCCUCUUUCUGCUAUCCUCGUCCAGCGAAGAAUCUCUUGACAUUGUUCUUCACAGCUCGAGCUUUAUCAGGAACCACACAGAACCCUCCUGAUCUCUUCUCCCUUUUACAUCAUUCCCCAAACGCUAAGCAUCUACGCCAUCUCCACGCUCAUCUUCUUCGUACCUCACUCUACUCCAACGUUGUGCUCAGCUCUAAACUCGUUCUCGCUUACUCCAAGCUGAAUCGUCUCUUUCCUACUUCGCUUUCUGUCUUCUGGCACAUGCCUUGUCGCAACAUCUUCUCGUGGAAUAUAAUUAUCGGCGAGUUCUCAAGAUCGGGUUUUGCGUCGGUUUCGAUUGAUUUGUUUCUUCGUAUGUGGCGAGAAUCAUAUGUUAGGCCUGAUGAUUUUACGUUGCCUCUUGUUCUACGAGCUUGCUCUGCUUCACGGGAAGCGAAACUUGGGGAUUUGAUUCAUGUUUUGUGUUUGAAACUUGGGUUUAACGCAAGUUUAUUUGUUAGUUCGGCCUUAGUGAUUAUGUAUGUUGAUAUGGGGGAAAUUAUAAAUGCACGUAAGUUGUUCGACGAUAUGCCUCUUAGAGACUCUGUUCUCUAUACGGCUAUGUUUGGUGGGUAUGUUCAGCAAGGAGAAGCUCUCUUGGGUUUGGCCAUGUUCAGAGAAAUGACGUAUUCUGGAUUUGUGUUGGAUUCCGUGGUGAUGGUGAGUUUACUUAUGGCUUGUGGACAACUUGGGGCAUUGAAGCAUGGGAAGAGCGUCCAUGCAUGGAGUAUCCGAAGAUGCUCUUGCUUCGGCUUGAAUCUCGGCAAUGCCAUAAUAGAUAUGUAUGUAAAGUGUUCAAAACUGGACUAUGCACAAGAAGUAUUUGUAAACAUGCCGGAUCGAGAUGUGAUCUCUUGGAGCUCUCUUAUUUUGGGUUAUGGCUUGGACGGAGACGUCUUCAUGGCUAUUAAACUCUUUGACGAAAUGCUCCAGGAAAGAAUUAUACCAAAUGCUGUCACUUUUCUUGGUGUCUUAUCAGCUUGUGCCCAUGGCGGUCUUGUGGAAAAGUCUUGGCUGUAUCUCAGACUGAUGCAGGAAUAUAAAAUAGUUCCUGAGUUGAAACACUAUGCUAGUGUGGCGGAUUGUAUGUCUCGAGCAGGUCUUCUGGAGGAAGCAGAGAAGUUUCUGGAAGAUAUGCCUGUGGAACCUGACGAGGCUGUUAUGGGUGCUGUGUUGAGUGGGUGUAAGGUUUAUGGAAAUGUAGAAGUUGGAGAAAGAGUGGCGAGGAAGCUAAUUCAACUUGCGCCUGGAAAAGCUGGCUAUUAUGUAACGUUGGCCGGUAUAUAUUCAGCUACAGGUCGGUUUGAUGAAGCUGAGAGUCUGAGGCAGUGGAUGAAGGAGAAACAGAUUUCUAAGGCUCCCGGGUGUAGCUCAAUAUGAAAGAUAGGAUGUAGAUUUUUGCGUUUUUUGGUUGUACAUGUGAAAGAUGACCAGAAUGGUAAAGCUCAAAAACCGCACCAAAAGCUAGAUUUUGGAAAUGAGGCUCAAACAUGGCUAACUGUAUACAUGGGAAAAAAGUUGUGACAAGUUCUUGUCACUUACUCUAACUGCACAGAAAAUAACAGUAAGAUUAACUCAUACAAGCUUAACUUUCAAUUAUUGAAGAACAAAGAAGGGUUUGUUUUUGGUAUGUAUAUGUCUCUAUAUAUGUGUAAUAGUUAAUCUUUUUGUAAACCCGGUUGAUCCUUGACCCGAAAGCUUUUUCUGGUUCGGUGUUUGGAUCGAUUUAGAAAACACUUGUCUUUAGCUACUAUGAUAUGUUUUGCAUUAUGAUGAUUUUGGUUUUGUUUCAA